GACUUGGUUUAAGGCGAGGUGCCGCUAGUUUGUCAGGGGGGAAAAAUUGCGCUCAGCAAGUUUUUCCUGCUACCAGGAGGGAAGAGGAUAAGAAUUUGCUGGCUGUUACAGAUACAAGGAGAAGGUUGGGAAGAAAGGCCUAGCCUACAGGCACAGCUAGGGCACUAUUUUUGGACAAUCAAGGAUGCACUUGAAGACGCUGCUGCUGCUAUUGUUAUAUUACAAUGCUCAUGCCACUGUGCCUCCCAGGUGGAACCGAGCGAUGCUCUUCCCAUCUGCUCAGCGAGUGAAGAGGUCUUCGGCAGCUCUCCUCAACCCAGUGCUUCAGAAGUCUCAGGAUGAUGUGGACCUUCUGUUCGAGCUUCUUCUAAGUGAGCUGCAGAUCAACGGCAACCUGAAGAUCUCUGUCAAAGAUGAGGAGCUGGCUUCCAUGAGGAAGGCGACUGCAUUUGACACUCUCUGCAACGACGUCAUCCCUAAAAGCAUCACGGACAUUCGCCGACUGAAUGCCAGGCUGCUGGGCCACCCUGGGGUGCUAAAGAAAGAAGAUUUCGAAAGGACGGUGUUGACCAUGGUCUACACAGCCUAUAGGGCAGCUCAGUCCCAAGGUCACCAGAAAGACACGUGGGCUGAAUCCUUUGUGGAUCUCUACAAGGCCCUGAAGCAUGACUUGACAUUCUCAACCAGCCAGACGUCCUCAUCUCAACGGACUUUGUAGUCCAGAAAUUUACUUUAAUAGGAAGCACAUCUGCCUCUUUGCUUUGUUUUUGUAUAUAUAAAA